GAAGUAGAAUACUGUACAGUUGUACAACUACUCUUGAGUAUUUUGCGCUUGGCAUGUUUGAGUACGUGUUCAGCUGUACACGUAGAUAAAACUCUUGAGUAUUUUGCACUUGGCAUGUUAUGUUUUGAGUGGAUACAAGAUACUCUUUAUAUAUAUAUAUAUAUAUAUAUAUAUAUAUAUAUAGUACGUACGUAGUAGUAGUACCAUAGUACGGAAGUACCUUCGUACGAAAGUACCUUCGUACGAAAGUACUUGCGGAAAUACGUGUAUGUACAGCUGUAUACAACUACACAUACUUGCGUAUUUUGCACUUAGAUUGCGCUGCUGAAAAAAACACUCGAUGAGCAUCGCGCGAAACACGCUCUCACGCUACACGCACGUUACUUGCGAAUGAAGUCUACGACGAGUGCGCGUAGACUCUCGUGAUACGACCUUUUUCCUUCGAUUUUCUGUCGCAGUCUUUGCCUUUUCUACGACCGUCAUCAAUAUCGAUGAAUUUGUCGUCACGAUGCUCUCGCCGAAAUUCGAACGAGAAACUUCUGUUCCUUUUAGUUGCCUCUCUCGUCGCCUUAUUUCUUGUACGGUGGUUUCGACUGGACAACGAUAAUGAAUUGCGUGAACUGGUGGCUACGGUAACAGACGAUAUCUCAGCGUCAGAGAAGUUCAUUCCUUGUAACGGCCUAGCACCGAACUUUGCAUCCGCCUCAUAUGGCGUUGACAGGUGGAGCUGUUCAGAGCCAAUUGUCAACGUAGGCUACGAACAGUGGUCUAGUGUGCGAAACCUCAAACGUUUCGAGAGAUAUUUAACGCUGGGAACAUAUGAAAGUCAAGACUUUACGCAUUCGGGACCAGGACGUUACCCGCUCCCACCUCUCUCAAGAUUCCACACGUUAAGCUACGCUUUCGCCGACUUCGAAAGGCGAGAGGGCAAGGUCGUUGUCGAGGUUGGGACUUCUCGCUCGUUUCAGCACGGCAGUGCACCAGGCUGUAACUUGGAUGACCCCAAGUGGUGGCACCCUGACAACCCCGAAGACUGGGAUUGGGGCGCAGGCCAUUUCACGCAUCUUGCGUGCACUUCGCUCUCUAAAUAUUUAAGAAAAGGGCACAUGUUCACUGUGGAUCUGCUCGAGGCUCACAUAGUGCGUUCGAAAAUAAUGACAACAGAAUGUGCGCAGUACACCAGCUACGUUGCGAAAUCAUCACUCGACUUUUUCAAGGAAUAUGAUACCAGGAAAUAUGGUCAAAUCGACUUGCUUUACCUUGAUACCGGCGAUAUGACACCUGUCGAAGUGACGGCAGAGUUGCACCUCGAAGAAGCAAAAUAUGUUGUUGAAAGACAACUCGUUAAGCCUGGCGGCUUGAUCUUGAUCGACGACGUUCGCAACUUAGCGCCUAAGCAAUAUGGUGAACCUCCAGGCGAUACGUACGGUAAAGCAAAAUAUUCUAUUGAUUAUUUUCUUGAACAUGGUUUUUCGCUCGUGAAAUCUGAAUACCAGGUCAUUUUACGAAACACAGUCGAUGACAUGGUGGCUGCCUUCCAUUCAAAACCUAUUUCAUGGACUCCUAGACUUAAGCUCUUUCACAUUUCGUUUCAUUUGGGAUGUAUCAACGAAAUCGAGUUCGUAGGGUCGCAACUUAACAUUGAGGUUGACUCAUUGUUAUGGGACGGAGCUGGAGACGGCAACGAUAAAUACAACAUCAAUCACCGCCGAGCAGCUAAAUACUGGGAUCUCCUGAAAGAACGGGCUCUUCAGGCAGAUGUUGUUUUAACUUCAGAUACAACUCCCUUAGCUCGUAUCUUUCUUCAAAAUGGCUAUCCAGGCAAACUACUGAUAUGGAUAAGCAAUCGAUUCGACUACGCACACGCUCCACCAGCUGUGCAGGUCUCUGAAGAAGAAUCAGAACGCUACGCUGGCGAGCACCCAGAAGAGUUUCCAACAAGGGAGUAUUACAAUCUUAUUCGCAAAGCUGCGCUCUCUUCGAAGACCGCAAUCGUGUGCUACACUGCGUUUGAGCAUAUAUACGCACGCACUGUCAGAAACGUAGAGGUCGGCCGACAGGUUAUUCGACCGUCCGGGCACGGCUACUUGCACUCACUUGUAGUGAAAAAAGAUGGUGGGGGAAAAGUACCUUUAACAGUUGACAAGAGCACCACAUUUUUUAUUCCGCCAUAUCACAACGAUGAACGAACGCCGACGAAAUGUGCUACACUCGGCAUUCGAUGUUAUCGGGGAAGAUAUGCCGGUCCGCUAGACGUAAAAGGCUUCAAGGGCAUCAUCCACGUUCCGUAUGCUUGGUCUAAUUUCGCCCUAUUUGAAAUGAUUGCUCAAGGCACACCGUACUUCAUCCCUUCCAAAAAACUUCUUUUGGCGGAGGAGGAAAUUUUCUGGUCACCUCCUUUCGACAAAGAAAAUCUUGACGCGUCAGAAUGGUAUGAUCCCACACUAGCACACGUUUUUAUAUAUUUUGAUAGUUGGGAAGCACUGCCUGAUGUCAUAGAACGUACCGAUUUUGGAAAGCAAAUUCAAGUUCUUCAAGAAUUUAGUGAAAAACACAAAAGGGAAGUUGUUGAACGGUGGAAAACGGUCCUGAUGAAACUUUAAUCACAACGUGAUACUAUUUUCCAGAUCGUGCCGUCGUAUGAUGAUACAGAACGAUCCAUGAGAAUGGUAGUUGAACCCGAAAGCAGCUGUGAAACACCUUGUAUUGGGGAUAUGUACAAGCAGGAGCUGGGAAAAGUGAGACCAGGCGGCUCCUUUUUUUCUUCUUCUUCAGUGGAUAGUAUGCGCCAUCAUCGAUGCCGCGCGUGUCUUCGAAGACAGUGCCUAUAAAUAUUGAGAUCGUAACUUGCGAGCCUGCUGAGUUUUAUUUGAACCCGCAUAUGAACACACCGGUUACAGUAAAACGUUAGCUACGUACUACGUAGUACUUUCGUACAAAAGUACGUAGCUAGCUAGCUACGUAGGUACCAGGGGAUAACUUAUUACUAAAAUUUCGACACUAAGUAAAUACACGACUGCCGGAAAAAAAGGUAAAUAAAUAAAUAUUUCAAGGUACCGC